AUGCCUCACAACGAGAUCCACCUGGCGGAACCGCCAUCAAGGCGAGUGUCCGUCUCUCAGAAGUGGAUGGAGCAGCUGGAGCACACUCAUCAUGUGGAUGGACAUGUCAUUGAAGCCGAGAAUGAAGACAAAAUGACUCCAUACCUUGCAUUCUUGAUCUUCACGGCGGCACUUGGUGGGUUCCUUUACGGCUACGAUACCGGUGUCGUUGGUGUUGCUCUUCCUUAUGUGGGAAACCAGUUGACAGGCAAACCACUUUCCUACACGCAACAGGAGAUUGCCACGGCGGCCACUACAAUUGGAUCAAUCUUCGGAGCGGCGAUAUUAGGGGUCUUUGCCGACAAAUGGGGUAGGAAGAGGUGUCUGUUAAUAUCGGACUUAUUCUUCACCGCUGGUGCGAUCAUAAUCGCGUCGAGCUUUUCCCUUGGCCAGCUCAUCGCGGGUCGUCUUGUCCUCGGUGUCGGAGUAGGUGGAGCAGCUGUUAUUUGCCCUCUUUACAUUACUGAGCUGGCGCCGACCAAGGCUCGUGGGCGGUGUGUCGGAACCAACGGGUUCUGCAUCCCAUUUGGCCAGACCGUUAGUGUCGCCAUAGGGGCUGGUAUGCAACACGUCCCUCAUAACUGGCGAAUUCUCUUCGGUCUUGGCGUCGUCCCUUCCCUUCUACAGCUUGCUUUGAUGCAUAAGCUACCAGAGUCGCCGCGUGUACUUAUUCUACGUGGUCAAGACGACAAAGCCAGAGAGGUACUCAAGACGAUAUACAAGUAUGCGACCCCCGAGAUCAUUGAGCUCAAGUUAAGCGUCGUCAAGGAGCACGUCGCUGCUACCACGGCUCUACAGCGUACGACCACCUUUUUGGAACGGUCUAAGAAGUUGUGGACUCAUAAGCCAUAUCGCCGGUCGAUCUUCACUGUCAGUUUUAUCCAGGUCUUUGGGCAAUUCACGGGCUACAAUACCCUUCUUUAUUAUGCCGGUACACUAUUUGGUCUCUUGGGCCUGUCCAACCCUUCAAUUGGCGGUCUUAUUCCUUCGAUCACAAAUACAUUUUUCCUUCUCUGCGGCAUGGUUAUGGUUGACCGGAUCGGUCGCCGUGGUCUGCUGAUGAAAUUCGGGCCUAUUAUGGUCGUCGGCCUUACUUGGUGCCUCGUGGCUUUCUAUUACAUGUGCAAACCCACAGGAGGGGUCCUUGUUGAAGGAUAUGAAUAUCCUCAACGACUCGUUGGCCUCGUCAUAGCCGGGAUCGUUGUCUUUGUCACCGGUUUUGGUUCUACCUAUGCACACCUCUGUUGGUAUCAAUCCGAGUACCUUGCUCUCGAGAUUCGUGCGGCAGGUAGUGCUAUCAGUACCACGGCAAGUUUCACAGCGAACUUGGUCGUCGCUGUGUCUUUCCUGAGCGAACUCGAAACGCUUACUCCAAGUGGGACCUACGGCCUGUACCUCUGCUUCGUCAUUAUUGGCCUUGUGCUUGCUUACUUCUGUUACCCUGAGACUAAGGGUUUGUCGAUUGACGAAGCUUUCACACUCUUCCAAGAUGGAUUUGGCGUCAAAAAGUCAAAGGAUAUGCGCCGAGAGAAGAUUGCUCUACAGAAAGAAUACAAUGCUGAGGGUGCUCUUUCUACUCCUGAUUCGAAUGACUUGAGUCUGGCACCAACGAAGGAUCAAGUCUUCCAUAUGGAAACCGUGUCCAAGUGA